UAUGAAUAGGGAAACUAUCUUUCUCUGCACCACAAACCAUCAUGAUUGGCCUUCUUGGUAAUUUUCUCGGUUAAAUUUUCCCGGAAAAUGACACACAAACCCCUUGAAAACUUUUCCCUCACCUUUUCUUUUUCUAGUUUUUGUAAUGUGGGGAAGAUGUUUCUGUCAUGAUGAGGCACCACAGUGUUUUUUUCUUGGACUUCUGAGAGGAUAAUAGAGAAGGGUGGUCUCCACUCUGCUAGCGUUUUGCAUUCUUUCAAAAGCACCCCACCAAUCUCAGCUUUUCAGUUUUCCACUUACUUCUUCAACCCUCUUCUGAAUUCUUAUCUCACUUUCCAUCAAAAUCCUGAAAACCAGAAAAAUGAAAGGAGUGAAGGGCAGAUUCCUGAAGAAACUGAAGUUUGUUUCUUCAAUCAAUUCUUUCAAACAAUCCGGCCAGGCCUUUCACAAAAGCCCCUCACAAAAAUUUCCCAAUCAGAAAAAUCUCUCCCCGGAAAUUCACAAAGAAGAAUUAGAUGAGGAAACUCCACUGAAACUCCAUGAUAUUCCUGACAAAGAAAACUUUAAACCCGCCUCAGAAAUCAUCGAAACUGAACUGAUAUCUCUCUCCAAUUUCGAAAAAAACUGUCCUCCAGGAGGAGAAGACUCUGUAAUUUUUUACACAACAAGCCUGAGAGGAAUCAGAAAGACAUUCGAAAAUUGCAACACCGUCAGGUUUUUGUUAGAGAGCCUCAGGAUUCAAUUCCAGGAGCGCGACGUCUCACUGCACAUGGAGUUCCGGGAUGAACUGUGGAGAUUGCUGAGAGGAAGAGCGAUUCCUCCGAAACUUUUCGUUAAGGGGAGGUUUAUCGGAGGAGCUGAUGAAGUUGUGACACUGCACGAACAAGGAAAGCUGAAGAAACUCCUCGAAGGAAUUAAAGUUUUGAGCCUGAAUAGCAGCCCCUGCAACGGCUGCGGAAACAUUAGAUUUGUGGUUUGUUUGAACUGCAAUGGCAGCUGCAAGGUUUUCAGAGAUGGAGACUCCGAAGAAUUAUUCAUUAGAUGCUCAGAAUGUAAUGAAAAUGGAUUGAUUAAGUGCCCCAUUUGUUGUUGAAAAAUUAAUCGAGCUUAAUGCAAUGUUAUGAAAAUUGUAAAUUA